UUAAGUAGCUUUGAUAUUGUAUUAUAAUUAUAUGUCUGCAAACUUGAAUUUCAUACGAACUCGAUGCUAUGAUUGUGCCAUCUUCGAACUAUCGAUUGGAUGGGUUGUAACGUUGCAACUUUAUUCACUAUUGGCCAAAGAUGAGCUGUGCAAAGGUGUCAAAUUUCAAACACGCAAGUUGUAACAAUAUAACACAUAAUAAAAACAAAUGAUUUUGCCAAGUUUGAGCCGCAUCGCUCAAGUCAGGCAAUGUUCAACCAAAAAGUUUUAGUACUUUUAAUCAUCGUGACUGCAGUUAUAUGUCUGGCUUAUUGUAUAAACCUAUUUUACUUUUCAUCGGGCCUUGUACAAGUGAGACCGAUAUCAUACGAAUCUCCAAUUUUACAAAUACGGCGUUUCGAAAUAAAUGGACACGAUAUUAUGGUGUUUUUACACAUGCAGAAAACUGGCGGCACUUCUUUUGGUAAAAAUUUGGUCAGAAAUCUACGUCUGGAGAGAACAUGCCAUAAAGUAGUGUCAACGAAAUCUCGAUUCAUGUGUAAACGACCUAACUCAGACGAAUUUUGGUUAUAUUCUCGAUAUUCAACUGGCUGGAUAUGUGGGCUUCAUGCAGACUGGACCACAUGGACAAGUUGUCUUCCAAACGUUUUGAAGCAGAGACUUAGCAAGGAUCGUUUAAAUAAAACCAAGAUAUUUUAUAUUACUCUUCUGCGUGACCCGGUUGACAGGUUCUUGAGUGAAUUCAAACACGUCCAACGGGGGGCAACAUGGAUCUCCUCAAAGUUCAUUUGCAAUAACAAGCCAUACAAUCCGCCUGUUUGCUUCAAAGGUGCAAAUUGGAGUAAUGUUAAAUUAUCGGAGUUUCUCAACUGUCCAUAUAAUUUGGCAUUUAAUCGACAAACUCGAAUGCUGGCAAAUUUAACCGAGAUCGGAUGCCACAAUAACGAUACUAAGAACUUCAGUAAACAAUAUGGCAAGGCCAUGUUGGAGAGUGCCAAGCGAAAUCUUCGCUCAAUGGCGUAUUUUGGACUUGUGGAAUAUCAAAGAGAAAGUCAAUACUUAUUCGAAAAGACAUUUGGGUUGAAAUUUAAGAAAAAAUUCUCCCAGGUUCCAGUCAACGAGACUAUUAGCAGCAAGGCUUGGGCGUUAUUGACUCCAAGACAUCUGUUGCAAACACGUAAAGUCACCAGGCUAGAUCGUCAACUGUACAGUUAUGCAAAAGCGUUAUUUUUUAAGAGGUUAAAAUAUAUUGAAAGAUUGACGAAAGCGAUGAGUUAGCCGGACCAUACUUAUCAAAUUCGAAUAUAAAGACUAAAAUAUAAACAAUACGAGCAACAAAUUGUUAUACAACUUGCAACAAAACAUGAUUUCGCAAUCACACGAAUAAAAUUUUAAUAUCAUUCGUUGAAAUCAGUGUAUCGAAAGUUGUAGCAAUUUUGCUGCAUGUAAUUGCGCUAUUGG